CGUUUGUGUACAUAGUGACGCGAGUCGGCUCGUCAGGCAAUUCUUUUCCUUGUCAGUAAUGGAAGGCUUACAAGAGGAAAAUGCCUGUUGUGGAAGCACCGAGCACAAGGCAGGCACAGUCAGUUUGGAACACUAGUCUGUUGCAGGGCAAAUUCUCACAGUCAUUCAUGAUUUUGUUACCCUAAAAAUGCCAACUUCACCCAAGCUGCACAUCUUUGAGAGAUGAGAAGAGACCCUUGCAGACACAGACAGAAUCUAAACACCCCACAAAGGCUGUAAACAGGCCAGGAGAUGAAUGUAUCUCAUUGGACUUGUGAGACAGAAGUGGUAAUCACUACCGCUGUGGGUCUUCGUAGUAUCAAAAUGGUUGCUGUAUGUGGCAUGAAACCCAAAUUCUGAAUGUGCUGUUUCUGAGUGGAAUGCUGUGUCUUCUGCCAUCAGUAUUAACUGUCAAGCUGUUUCACAUCAGCUUGAAGAAGCUUGGAAGAGCUCCACUUACUACUGGCUUCCUUCUUCAGACUGAGACAGUGAAAGCAGAAAUGAUGCAGCAUGAAACUCUGUUACUUAAAGAUGAAAGGUGGCGCUCUAUCCCUUGUUGCCGCUCUGAGCUUUGCCUGGAAAUUGUACUUAAUUGUGGCCAGUCUUUCAGGUGGCAUGAGACGAGCAAGGGUCACUGGACAGGUGUGAUUGCCAGCCAGGUAUGGACACUAACCCAGACAGAAGAUCGACUGUGGUACCGUACAUAUAGAGAAUUAGACGGUCCAGGCAGAAGUCUUUACCCAAAGGAUGGAAAUGUCGGUAUGAAUGUACAUCUCAAAGCUAAGCUGGGGAAAAGGAAGAAGACAUUGGAAUUACAGGAGAAGGUGUCAGAAGCCAAACAUGAGCCCAUUGAAACACUAGUGACUCCUUGUGACCAAGACUGUGACACAUGGGAUGAUGGACAGAGCAAGAAGGACAAAGACAUUUUGAUGGAUUACUUCCAGUUACAUGUUGGAAUGGAGGAGCUAUAUGAACAAUGGAGUCAGACAGACUCUUUCUUCAAAAAAGCUGCAACAAAGUUUCCAGGAGUGCGAGUACUGCGUCAAGACCCCCGAGAAUGUCUGUUUUCAUUGAUUUGUACCUCUAAUAACCACAUUACACGUAUCAGCGGCAUGGUGGAAAGGUUGUGCCAGAACUUUGGACCCUUACUCUGCACAUUGGACAUGAAACACUACCACGACUUUCCAUCACUUCAAGCUCUAGCAGCUCCGGAUGUAGAAGCCCAUCUGCAGGAACUAAAAUUUGGGUAUAGGGCUCGUUAUAUUCAGCAAGCAGCUCAAGAGAUCCUAGAGAAGUAUGGUCCUCACUGGUUGGAUUCUUUACGUCAUGUUACAUAUGAGGAGGCUAAAGCAGCACUCCGCACACUGCCUGGAGUUGGUGCGAAGGUGGCAGACUGUGUGUGUCUGAUGGCACUAGAUAAAACAGAUGCUGUCCCAGUAGACACUCAUGUAUGGCAAAUGGCAUCCCAGAACUAUCUGCCUCAGUUAGGCAAGGAGUCCAAGACUCUGACACCCAAGGUCUACCGUGAAAUUGGAGACACCUUCAGGGAACGGUUUGGCACCUAUGCCGGCUGGGCACAGUCUGUUCUCUUCUGUUCUGAUCUGAAGAGGUUCAAGGGGUUGCAAGAAAAGCCAAUGGAGAAGCAGAAGGGUAAUGGGAAGGGCAAUCUGAAGCAUUUGGUUAAACAAGAGCCUCACUAACAACUGUAAGGACUUGUGGGACAGACAAAGCUUGAAUCACCAUGUGUACUGUAUGAGCAGAGUGUUUCCUGCUAAAUGAGGACAUUGGCCCAGCACCAAAUGCCUGCUGUACAACAGAAUCUGAAGUCUGAAAUUCAGUCACGUUGUCCUUGUACUAUCUGAACUGCUGCUAUAAUUGGAGGGAGGUAUUUAUCUGCUUCACUUUUAUUAAAUGAAAAAAACAAGA